CCUGGUAAAAGAUACUGUAUUUAAGAUAUUUUUCUUUUUGGGAAAUAAAAGGACAAGCCAAACCACUCACUCACCCCACACCAGUCACCACAAGAAACUCCAUCCCAAAGCCAGACUCUUCCUUCCCAACUAGCGAACCGACAAAUAGAGAGAAGCAGGUAUGGUCUCAACACCAUGUGUAAGUACAAAUGGCAGCUUUCUUUGCAAAAGGGGUGAGAUUUCUUUGGUGGGUACGCCUCUGCCCUUCUUCCAACGGAGGGCCAGGGCAAUUGAAGAUUUCAUGAAAGUAAGAGUUACCUCCCAAAGUUUUUGUACGAAGCAGAUGUUCCCAUUCUUGAGGAAUGGAUACAAUAACUUUGGAUCAAAGAAGGUGACUUUUACAAUCCCUAGGUGCAGCGGUUCCUCAAACUCCAGUAGCAGCGAAGAUGAAUCCUCUCCCCGGGUCAAGGCACCUUUUGGAUAUUCAAGGAAGGAUGUUCUGUUGAUUGGACUUGGAGUAACCGUUGCUGGCAUUGGAUUGAAAAGUGGAUUAGAGUAUGUUGGUGUUGAUCCCUUACAAGCUGGGAAUGUUGUUCAGUUGGUGUUGGUUUUGGGUCUAACAAUUGGAUGGAUUUCUACAUACAUCUUUAGAGUUUCAAAUAAGGAAAUGACAUAUGCUCAACAGUUACGUGACUACGAAAACAAAGUCAUGGAGAAACGAUUGGAGGGUUUAACAGAAGCAGAGUUAGAAGCGUUGCUUGAGCAGGUGGAGGAGGAGAAGAGGGGGCUGGCUAGUGGCGAGAAGGUCAACUAAAAGCUCACUUCAGGUUUCUUUAUAUUCCAUCAAUACACAUUGUCACAGUGAUUGAAGAACAUGCCAGAAUGUGUAGAUUAGGUAUUGUACAGAAUUACCAUAUGCUUAUUUGAACUUGCCAAUAUGAUAUAAAAUUGUUUAUGUAUAGAAAUUUAUCCUUUUGGGUGCUGUUGAACCACUUAAAAAUGCUUUUAUUUUAAA